GGGACCCGGCUCAGCUGACGGCGGGAGCGCGCACGCUCUGGAACUGCCGCGCAAACCGGAGCGGUUUCAGUCUCCUGGGCGCCCGGGAUGGCGCAGCGGACGGCGCUCCGGUUGCUGCUGCUGCUGCUACUGCUACCGCCGGGCGGCCGGGCGAAGGUGUGCGAGGGCCAGGGCCGCUGGCCGGUUCCAUACAGGCGCUUCGAUGGCCGUCCCCGGCCGGAUCCCUUCUGCCAGGCGCGGUACACCUUCUGCCCCAGCGGCUCUGCCUUGCCGGAGAUGCGGGAGACGGACGUCCUGGCCGUGUAUCGCUUGCAGGCGCCCGUCUGGGAGUUCAAAUACGGAGGGCUUCUGGGCCACCUGAAAAUUAUGCACGAUGCUGUGGGCUUCAGAAGCGCCUUGACUGGGAAGAACUACACAAUGGAAUGGUACGAGUUGUUCCAGCUUGGCAACUGCACCUUCCCACACCUGCGGCCUGAGGACCCCGCCCCCUUCUGGUGCAACCAGGGGGCGGCCUGUUUCUAUGAAGGGAUUGAGGAUGCCCACUGGAAGGAAAAUGGCACCCUGGUCCAGGUGACUACAAUUUCAGGAGCUAUCUUCAAUCAAAUGGCAAAAUGGGUGAAAUACGACAAUGAAACUGGCAUUUACUAUGAGACCUGGAUGGUUAAAAGCAGCCCAGAAAAAAAUUCCCGGGUCUGGUUUGAAGCUUAUGAGUGCUCCAAAUUUGUACUACGGACCUAUCAGAAGCUGGCUGAGCUGGGGGCCGUUUUCAAGAAGAUCCAAACGAAUUACACAACCAUUACUCUCUUCAGCGGAGAACCUGUUUGCCUGGGCAAUGAGACGACUCUCUUUGGGCCGCUGGGGAACAAAUCCAUGGCGUUAGCGAUUAGGAACUUCUACUUGCCCUUCAAACCGUAUCAUUCGGUGAAGGAGUUCUUCCUUAACCUAUUGAAGAUACUUGAGGAGGUCGUUCUGGAUCGUCGGUUUUACUUGUUUUACAAUCUGGAAUAUUGGUUUUUGCCCAUGAAAUACCCCUACCUGAAAGUAGCGUAUGAAGAAAUCCCAUUGCCUAACUCAAAUGCUACCAAAUUCAAUGCGUAAUUCUUGCCCGUUUUAAGCCAUUCUCGGUGGGCUCGAAUCCCUUUGUAAGAUGGUGUCCGUCUCGCCAAAUUCUGGCUUUGUGGCAGUGUUAAGGAGCAGGAUGGUUUUAACUGGGUCUUUAAUUCACCUCUAUUACGGUCUGUUUCAGUGGAAUCACGCUUUGGCGGAUAGCGGUGCAGUAGGAUCACAAGGAUGAGUGGCUGUGGAUGAUUGUAAUUGUAGUCUAAUAGAGGCCGGGGAACGUCAGAUUAAGUUUUGCAUUUCUCUUCCUUGACGAAUGUCUUUGAAUGGCAAAUGCUGGAAGUUUGUAGAACGCUGGGUGGAUCCAAAACAAUGGUGCCUCGAACCUGUUAGCAGUGGGCAAUUUGUCAGAUGAAAGUAAGCAAGCACUGAUGAUGUUACCUAGCUUGGUAAUGAAACAGUCUGCAAGAAAACCACCAAGGCCAGAGAGCACUGAGGACCCCACAGAAAGUAAGCUAGUAAACCCCUGCCGGAGAAGAUCGAAAGAUUGAUCCUGUAACGUCUUAAAUAAAAUUCAUGCCUGAAUGACCGCAUAUGGUAUUCAGGAAUGCAGAGAAUGGUACACAGGCUUUCAACGCUUGAUACUCAGUUGAUCAGCAGUUAUCCAUUUCCCUAGAUGGGUACACAGAGGAUUGUAAACUUUGGCACGUGCCUCUGUAGCCAUACAUCAAUAUUUGGUACGGAUUAACAACUGCAUUAAGUGUUCCUCCUCCCACAUCCUAUCUAAGAACACAACAGAACAAGAGUUGGAAGGGUUCUGUAGGUCAUCUAGUCCAACCCCUGCCCAAGCAGGAGACCCUACCCCAUUUGUGACCGAUGGCAAUCCAGCCUUUUCUUGAACCUGAGAUCCAAAUUUAGCAAGCUCGGCACAGCAAUCCUGUGGCAGCUGGCGGGCCACAACAAAGAGGUUAUAAAUGUGAGGAUUGGUUGUAGAGUUACUUUUUCAUCAUCAUCAUAAUUACAAAUGGUUGCUAAACAAGGCUGUUGCUAAGCAAGGGCUACUUUGCAGAGACUGGAAAUUGUUUGCACAGAUUAAACUGUUCUUUGUGAAAAAUAAAUGGCUUCAAGAUA